UAGGUUCCUCUUGUCACUCUUUAUCUCCACCCUUUAUUCUCUUACGUCUCCAACUAAUCAUACAGAUCGAUAAUCAUAAUCAUAUCUAUAGCUAAUUAACUUAAUUAUUUUCAUCCCUCUACUCUUCUUCUCUCCUCUAAACUCUCUUUUCCAUUCUUGCUUCCUUUGUGGGUUGUUUGAGUUUUCUUUCCUUCAAUUUAAUUGAAAGAUGGCUUGCUUGGUAUCUCGCUCAGGAAGGGAAUUGCAGAGGUACAACAACAUGGGUGGCCGGCAAGUUGUUGGGUGCAUACCUUAUAGAUAUAAACAAGACAUAGAGGGUAAAAUGAGCAACGAAUUGGAAGUACUAGUGGUUAGUUCACAGAAAGGUCAAGGAUUGAUGUUCCCUAAGGGAGGAUGGGAACUUGAUGAAUCCGUAGAAGAAGCAGCUUAUAGGGAAUCCCUUGAAGAAGCAGGAGUAAUGGGAAUGAUUGAGCGUGAACUGGGGCAAUGGAAUUUCAUUAGCAAAAGAUAUGGCAUAUACUAUGAAGGACACAUGUUCCCCAUGUUUGUCAAGGAACAACUUGAUAUAUGGCCCGAGAAAAAUCUACGGAGAAGAAUAUGGAUGACUGUUGCUGAAGCUAGAGAAGUUUGUCAGCAUUGGUGGAUGAAGGAAGCAUUAGAUAUACUGGUUCAAAGAAUCGUGUCUUCACAACAACGAAAAGAAGAUUUAUACAGCAUCGGAUGAUUCUCUAAGUUUUAAAACAAUUUAGUCUAGGUGGGCCUAGGUCAGAUUGCCAAGAUUUUGAAUCUUCAAACAUUGAGAGUUGUUAUACAGAGGAUUGAUUUAGGGAGAGGAACAGAAUUGUAGAUAAAGAUGGAAUUGCAAUUCAAUUUAAUUUACACACUUAUAGAACUUACGACUAGACUUCCAAGAGUUAAAUAAUUUCGUUUUCAAGCCCUUCUUCUUGUGUCUGUCUGUCUUAUGGUUUAUCAAAUAUACUCAGAAUUUAUAAGCACAAUGCACUUGGGUGUGAAUCCUGCAA